UCCGAGUCGAUGGACGGGGACCAAGUCCCUAGCGACGCGCCGCCGCAUGCGGGGGCGCCGGCUGAGGCUAGCGAGACUGGAGAGACGGUGGAGGAGAGCGCAGACGGGCGUGUGAGCUUGGAAGAAAGCGGUGCAACUGCAGACGAUGGAGUGGCGCUGCUUGACACACUGACAGAGCCCGUGACCGAGUCGUUCGGCUCGUUUGGCGCCGGUGCAGGUGGCAGCGGAGUCCUGUCGGAGCGCUCGAUGACGGAGACGGAGCUGACCGGGGUGGUGCUGAGCUCAUCGGACGACGAGCUCGACGAUGUCAACAUGUGGAGCCUUGGCCCACCACCGUCACUGGGUGAGGUGGAGGACUACCUGCACGACCCUAUUCCGGACUAUCUUGCGCAGGAGGAGGAUGCGGCGGCGGCACCGCGGGAGAUGUCUGUGCCGACGAUGGCGCGCAGGUGGCGGGCGCGGUAUGUGGCAACGCGAGAAAACACCGAGUACUACACAGUCAAGCGCGGGAUCCACCGGCUCCCGAGCCCUGUGGCGGCGCCGGAGCCAAUCACGGCCAAGGGCUCGAGCAUGCCGGGCGGGGUGCUCAAGGUCAUAGACCGCGAGGAGACGCUGCAGCGGCAGCGUUCGAACACGUGGGCCAACCCGUUGUUGCGAGCAUCGGCCCCGCUUAACUUCUUCACCUUUCUCCGCGACUCGGGCCUCGACUACGACGAUCUCGAGGAGCAUGAUCUUGCCGAGCACGAGCUUGUGUACGAAUACUUUGCGUCCGAGCUGCGGUAUGUGUCGGACCUCAAUCUGGCAUGGAAGCUGUACGUCCAUCCACUGCUUGAGGCCGAGGAGCCGCUGUUGCCGCAGGAGACGUUUGACCUCAUCUUUGGCAACUUUGCCGAGAUCCGCGCCCACGCGUCGACCGCGUACCGCGAACUGUCGCGGGCGCGGCGCGAGGACCCUCUCAUUUCGACGCCGAUCCCCAUGGUGGAGGAUCUGGUAGCUGGCCUCCCGCUCUACCCGCAGUACAUGGUCUCGUACCAGCAGUCAAUGACGGUGCUGGCGCAAGCGACCAAAAGCCAUCCCCAGUUUGAGGCGCUGCUCCGCGAAGGCGUCGGCGAUGGUCCGCAGGCCGACGAGCGGACCCUCUCUGUCUUGCUCUCAGCGCCAGUGGUGCGGUUCAAUCAGUACGUGCAGUUUGUCGACGCGCUAGCGACCUCGAACCGCGGCCUCCCAUCCGGCCCGCAGCUCUUUCGCCUGCAGGAGCAGGUGGCGGCCAUCGAGGAGCAGCUGCACCGGGUCGCCAUCAUCUCCAAGGAGCGCAAGGAGGUCCAGGAGGUGCUCUCGCAGCUCGAGGGUCUGGAGACGCUGCUGACGCCGUCCAAGUCGCGCCGGGUCCUUCGCAAGGGCGACCUUGUCAAGCACAUGAAGGGCGGCAAGCUGCAGACGCGCCACUUUGUCCUCUUCAAUGACUAUCUAGUCUGGGCCAAGCGCCGGAAGCUCUCGCGCUCCAAGUAUGUCGUCCGCCAGGCCUUCCCGCUCUCGGCCGUCGAGGUCUCGACCUUUGACGACACCGGCAAGACCAAGAACGCGUUUUGCGUCCGCCACAUCGGCAACAAGCUCUACGUCCUCGCGGCUUCCAGCGCCGAGGAUCGCAAUGGCUGGCUGGAAGACAUGCUUGCCCUCAAGGCUGCCCGCGACCUACAAAAGGCCAACGAGGCCGUGCAAGAGUCGUGGCGUGCCGCAGACCGCCGCCCGCUCAUCGAGCGCGAGCAGUUGGUCUACGACGACCUGCUCUCGCAGUACCUCAUGCGCGGCACGCUUACCCGCCAUCUGCGCUCAUUAUCUACCAUGGCUGCCCAGUUUGGCAUCUCCGCCGACGAGACCGCCCUCGCCAACAACCGCUACGGCUCCGCAGACACACUCGAGUCCACUGCGGAGACCGCCGCCGCUUCGUCAUCGACGGCUGGGACCUCUCCCUCUUGCUCGAACGCCCCAACCAAGGCUGCCUCGUCCAAGCCGACCCCCCCCUCGGCCUCAGUCGAGCUCCCGUCCUCGUCGUCAUCGUCGUCGUACUAUUCGUCGUCCGGCUCGGGCUCGGGCUCGAACUCGAGCUCAGGCUCGGACUCGUCGUCCGAUGCCUCAUCUGACUCGGCAUGAUCGCCUUCCUAGCUCUUGUACAUUACAGUCUCCCGCGGAUGCCC